AUGGCAGCUCUGUCUGAGAACAUGCUAACAAUCAACAUGGUACUGAGUGUCUUCUUUUUCCCUGGCACUUUGGCUGAUUGUGUUCAUGAACUACGGCUGUUCAUCUCAUCGCCACAAACAAUGAAGGCACUGAGUGCAACCUGUUUACACAUCCCAUGCAAAUUCAGAAUUAAACCGGAGGAAAAUCUUGAUGGUGGGAAACCCAUCAAGAUUAAAAAUGAUGUGAGGUUUGCACUGGCUCCACAAAAUGUUGUAUUCAACAGCAGUAAAUCCGUUAACAUCUUUCAAAUGAACAUCGCCGGAAAUCUGAGAGAGAGAGACUGCACCACCAUUUUCUCUAAUUUACUCGCAAAUCAGUCAAACACAUAUUUCUUCAGAAUCGAGAAUGGUCGUUUUAUGAGCACAGCCUCCUGUAAUCCUCUUCAAAUUGGAGUUCAAGAUUCUCCUUGGAGUCCCAGCAUUAAUGUUCCCUCUGACCUGAAGGAGCAUCAGUCUGUCACUGUAACCUGCUCAGCUUUCACUCCCUGUCCAAACUCACCUCCUGAACUCACCUGGAAUCUCCAACAAGACUCUCUCAGACAAACAGAGGAAAACACAGAUGGAACCUUUACAACUAAAAUCCAGGAGAGCAUCACUCUGUCAGACACACAUGAUGGAUACAACAUCAGAUGUUCUGCCAAACAUCCUGCGGCUGACAACGUAGUACAGACAGAAGUGACUCUCAGUGUUUCAUAUGCUCCUAAAGACACCUUAGAAUCCAUCAGUCCAUCAGGUUUGGUGCCAGCAGGUAGCUGGGUGGAGCUGAGCUGCUCCAGCAGAGCCAAACCUCCACCCAGUUUCACCUGGUUCAAGAAAGGCCCCCAAAUAUCCACUCAAGUAGCUACAGGCAUCUUUCACAAGGUUCAAUUCACUCAGGGCGGGCAGUACUUCUGUGUAGCUGCAAAUACGCUGGGUAGUCAGAAAUCAUCACCGGUCAGUGUCAGAACAAAAGGUUUACCGGGACUGUGGAUGUAUAUUGUAAUAGCGAUUUUGGGAAUAGGACUUCUUAGAAGUACACACUUCAUGAUUAAAAAAUGGAUCCAAGCCUCCUCAUCCAGUCAAGCUCAUUAGUUGUGCUUGUGUUUAACACUAAAAAUAAAAUGUUACAACCCACUUCAA